AUGGUACCAUAUGAAUUCCGGCCAAAUCAAGUUUUCGAUCCGAAAAAACAUAUUUUAGACGUGAUAGCCAUGCAAUAUCUUGAACAGGCUACUAGUGAUGCACAUCAGCUUGUUCCAGCCGAUGUCAUUGCCGAUGGAAAUUGUUUAUAUCAUUCCAUUGUUCUUCUAAUGAAUAACCCACUAGUGACAUGGAGUGAAUUACGAGUUCGAACAGUAAUAGAACUUAUUACGAAUGAGACUUAUUAUUCAAAUACGUACUCACAUUGCGUCGGACCUUUUGAUAUUGCAAUUCAAGCUAUGUGCAGAAAGUCCACAUUUUCGGAAUUGUAUGAAAUUGCUGCGUUGUGCAAUUUACUUAAAUGUAACAUACGAAGUAUUUAUCCAAAAAUUGAUCUUCGAGAUCAUACAGCCAUCGUGAAUAACACGUUUAGGCCUCUUCCACCUACUGUUGCUAAUUGCGAAAUUACAAUAUUGUGGUCACAUACCUUGAACGAAAACGAGGUAAGAAUUAAAAAUAAUUCAACAUGGAGCCCCAAUCAUUUUGUUCCACUUAUGUCACGAUUGAUUCAACACGAGCGUGAUAAUAAUAAUCAAUUAGCGUCAGUUCUUGCGACUCCUGAAAAGAAGACAUUUAAGAACAAUGCUGCUAUCCAGAUACGAAUUCCUGAGUUUCAAUCAUCUCCUAGCAGACGUUUACGUACUGAAAUUGAUACAGACACUGAUUCUUCUCAAUCGACCAUGUCUGAUACAAUGUUGCACGAUCACAAUGACAAAGAAGAACAACGUCAAAUUCGUCUUGAAAAGAAAAAAGAACUAGUUCGAUCAAGUCGACUGAACGCAACCGAAGAAGAGCGCCAAAAUCGACUAGAU